AUGUCCACUAUUAUUUCAGAGCACGCAUCAUUACUGAGAGUACUCAUUUCUCUUAUUUGUAUCAUCCUUCCUAUACUCGUACCUGCUCUGCGUCCCCGACAACCUCGCCCCAAGGGAUGUCGCCUCCUUGGCCUUGCACAUGGGCAGAAGAGCAACCUGCACGAUGAAUUUAACCCAGUGUAUAGCGAUGCCAAUUCCUAUCGCGUCAAGGCUCUCUUCACAUAUCCGCUAAAAUCAUGCCGUGGAAUCGAACUACAAGUCGCCGAUGUCGUCCCAACGGGGUUGCAGUUCGACCGCAUGUUCACCUUUGCCGAAUACGGCGCUGACGGGUGGAAUUGUCGAACCCUGCGCAACUCGGGUUUCCAUAACCUGGCCCUGAUUCAUCCUGAAAUCUGGUUGCCCGAUCCCUCUGCUUCGGACUAUGACCCGGCCUUACCCGAAGUUCAUUCGCGGGGCGUGAUGGUCGUGUCGUAUCCACGUCUUUGGCCGGCUGGUUGGCGCGGAUUGCUCGUACAAAUGGGUAUGAUGCUUGGAAUAGUCUCUCGUCGACGGUUCUUUCAGGUGCCUCUAUUCCCAAAUGCUGAGGAGAAGUUGGUCCCCGUCACUAUAUGGAAGGACCAGCCUCUAUCCUAUGACUACGGACAAUAUCUACCUGCAUCACUACAUGAGUUCCUGGGAAAAGAUACCAAAGGCCAGAAACAGAAACAAAUCAACCUUUUCCGCGCCAGCACAGAGCACCACCGUGAAAUCUUUCGCAACGCGCCACGCAAAGAGAACCUCGGCUUCCAGCCUGUCACCUCUUUCGCAGACGCAUACCCAAUCCACCUAUUAAGUCUAAGCAGUCACAGGGACGUAGCAUCGCGCUGCGCAUAUGCGAUCCCACGACUGACAAUCUGCCGCUUCCGCGCUAACGUGAUAGUUGAAGGCCCCGACGCCUUCGCAGAAGACCACUGGAAACGGAUCUCCAUCGGCGGGACGGAGAUUCAUACCGUCUGCAGAACAGUGCGCUGUCUUCUGCCCAAUGUGAAUUACGAUACUGGCGUGAGACAUCUGCAUGAACCGGACCGGACGCUGAAGUCUUAUCGGCGUAUUGAUCUAGGCGCGAAGCAGUAUGCUUGUUUGGGUAUGCAGCUUGUUCCUGCAAAACGGGAGUUCACGGUUAGAGUUGGGGAUUCUGUGGAUGUGCUUGAGAUGGGAGAGCAUUAUUAUAUUAAGAUGCUUAGUCCUGGGGAGAAGGUGCCGGGUGUUUAA